GGUGGGUGUUUCUGUCAGCUGAUCGGUGACGGGUGCUGAUCCGCAGUCUGAGCAUUUCGUUGGCCGGGCCUGCUACACGGAGCCGGUUCUCUGAGCAGCACCGGAUACCCUCACGCAGGAUUACUCUCCACGUCCUCCACAGCAAGACGCUGCGCCUGACUAAGUCGGUCAAACUAGAAGAAUGGACUUUUCUAAACUGCCGAGAAUCCGAGAUGAAGAAAAGGAGAGCAAGUUUGGAUACGUACACGGGGUGUCAGGACCUGUGGUCACCGCGUCCAGCAUGGGGGGCGCCGCCAUGUACGAGCUGGUGCGCGUGGGACACAGCGAGCUGGUCGGAGAAAUUAUCCGCUUAGAGGGAGAUAUGGCCACCAUCCAAGUCUACGAAGAGACCUCCGGCGUGUCCGUCGGAGAUCCCGUCCUGCGUACCGGGAAACCCCUCUCGGUGGAGCUUGGCCCUGGCAUCAUGGGAUCCAUUUUCGAUGGUAUUCAGAGACCUUUGAAAGACAUCACGGACUCCACGAAGAGCAUCUACAUUCCCAGGGGUGUCAACGUGUCGGCCCUGAGCAGAGACAUCAAGUGGGAAUUCACCCCUUCCAAGAGUCUCCGGGUCGGCAGUCACAUCACCGGUGGGGAUAUCUACGGGACGGUGUUUGAGAAUUCCCUCAUCAAACACAAGAUCAUGCUGCCUCCUCGCAACCGCGGCACGGUCACCUACGUGGCCCCUCCGGGACACUACGACACGUCGGAUGUCGUGUUGGAGCUGGAGUUCGAGGGGGUGAAGGAGAAGUUCACGAUGGUUCAGGUGUGGCCGGUGAGAACCGUCCGACCCGUCACCGAGAAGCUACCGGCAAAUCACCCUCUGCUCACCGGCCAAAGAGUUCUCGACGCUCUGUUCCCGUGCGUACAGGGGGGGACCACCGCUAUCCCAGGAGCUUUCGGCUGCGGGAAAACCGUGAUCUCACAAUCCCUCUCCAAGUUUUCAAACAGUGAUGUCAUCAUCUACGUCGGAUGCGGAGAGAGAGGGAACGAGAUGUCCGAAGUACUCAGAGACUUUCCAGAGCUGACCAUGGAAGUAGACGGGAAAGUGGAGAGCAUCAUGAAGAGAACGUCGCUGGUAGCCAACACCUCCAACAUGCCGGUAGCGGCCAGAGAAGCCUCCAUCUAUACGGGCAUCACACUGUCCGAGUAUUUCCGUGACAUGGGAUACCACGUCAGUAUGAUGGCCGACUCCACGUCUCGAUGGGCCGAAGCUCUCCGUGAAAUCUCCGGUCGUCUGGCUGAGAUGCCUGCUGACAGCGGUUAUCCGGCAUACCUGGGAGCCCGUCUGGCCUCCUUCUACGAGCGCGCUGGCCGCGUGAAGUGUCUGGGAAACCCGGAAAGAGAAGGAAGCGUCAGCAUUGUGGGAGCCGUGUCGCCCCCCGGUGGUGAUUUCUCAGAUCCCGUCACGUCUGCCACCCUGGGCAUCGUUCAGGUGUUUUGGGGAUUGGAUAAGAAGCUGGCCCAGAGGAAGCACUUCCCCUCCGUGAACUGGUUAAUCAGCUACAGCAAGUACACGCGGGCGCUGGAUGAAUACUACGACAAGCACUUCCAGGAGUUUGUGCCGCUCCGGACCAAAGCCAAGGAGAUCCUGCAGGAAGAGGAGGACCUGGCGGAGAUCGUGCAGCUGGUCGGCAAGGCGUCUUUGGCAGAAACGGAUAAAAUCACCCUGGAGGUGGCCAAGCUGAUCAAAGACGACUUUCUGCAGCAGAACGGAUACACCCCGUACGACAGGUUCUGCCCCUUCUACAAGACCGUGGGCAUGCUUUAUAACAUGAUCGCGUUCUACGACAUGGCGCGGCGCGCGGUGGAGACGACGGCGCAGAGCGAUAACAAGAUCACGUGGUCCAUAAUCAGGGAGCAAAUGGGGGAUAUUCUGUACAGACUGACCUCCAUGAAAUUCAAGGACCCGGAAAAAGAUGGUGAAGCCAAAAUCAAGGCCGACUACGCCCAGCUGCUGGAAGACAUGCAGAACGCCUUCCGCAGCCUGGAGGAUUAGGAGCCGCUCUCGCCCGGCUCAACCAACUCAUCUCAGACCUCCAGACGCUGCACCGACCCCCGGGGCC